AUGUCGUCAUCCGGAAGCUCCAUAUCUUCAUCGCAGCUGAUAGAUUCAGCGGGUUCAACAGUAGAGUAUGAUGAUUCAAUAAACAUAGAAGUUCUGGGGGUAUGUUUCAACUUGCUCGAGAAUAGUGACAAACCGGACUUAAGAAACGUUAAAUACAAGACCGCCACUGAACAUUUAAAUUGUCCAGUAUGCCAACAACCUUUUAUAGAACCGUUGACUACCAUUUGUGGUCACACAUUCUGCAAAGAAUGUAUUUAUGAAUGUUUCAAGAACGCCAAGAAGCCAAGAGAUUCGGAGAAUGAGUUGUGCGGAUAUUGUCCUCUUGACAGAACACCAUUAGAUUCCGCCAAUAUAAAUGACUUAUUCCCUGCACCUUUGAUAAUAAGCAAUUUGAUUGAUGAUUUGAAGGUGUAUUGUUUAAACCAAGAAAGGGGAUGUGAUUGGACGGGAAGCCGUUGGGCCUUGGAGCGUCAUGUUGUAAUUGACUGUCCAAGAACAGGGAUUAAAUGUAACGGUACCAGACACGAUGGAAGUAAGUGUGAGUUGAUUGCCGAGAGACAGUUCUUUGAUGUGAAUGCAGAGGUACAACAAGAAAAGACAAAUAUAGGAGAACUGGAAGACUCGGAAUGUAUUCACAAGAAAUUUGAGUGUGAACAUUGUAAUCAACAGAUAACAAAGAUAACUCACAAGUCACAUCUUGAGAAUGAGUGUUUAUUCAACUAUACCACUUGUGAAUUAUGUGGUAAUGAUAUGAUUCCGCAGAAGAACCUUGUUAAGCAUCAAGAGAAUUGUAUAAAGAUCGGGCUUUUGAAAUGUCCUGCUCAUGAGCUAGGAUGUAAAUGGGUAGGAUCCAAUGAAACAUCUUUGGAAAUUCAUUUAGCAAAUGGGAAUUGUCAAUUAUAUUUAUUGCUCCCAACAUACAACACUAUUCAAGAAAAGAUGACUUCAUUAACUUCAGAGAAUGAGUUUUUACAACAACAAAUUAAUAAGAUUCUUGAUUCAAUAAUACAGGGAAAGAUUACCAAUCUUGGAUAUAGUGAGUCGAUUGAAGAAAUUAACAAGUUUAAGUCGAUAGAGGACCAAGAUAAGUUAAUUUACCUUAAUUUUGAAUUAGACCGAUUAAAGUAUGAAAUUAAUGAAAAGAUACUACCCUUUAUGAAUAAGUCUCGAGCAACCGAACAAGAGAAUGUGAUGACUGGAUUAAUUAAUGAUACGUUUAUGAUGAGAGAAGAUAUGAAUGUUCAAAGAAUGAUGAUAAAUAGUUUACGGAAGCAAUUGCAGUAUCUCUUAUUUUCAAGAGGCAGAGGUACUGGAAUUGUUAGUGCAGUAGGAGCAGGUAUGACAGGGCCAUUUGGAUUCAAUAAUACUCCAUCUGAAGAAGGAAUAGCGCCUGAAAUGUAUGAGAUUGUUUCUAGAAGCAAUUCAGAUGAACGAAUAAAUUUGAAGCUUUAA